AUUGGGCGAAGCUUUCAUUUGAGUUCACAGCUUAUCAGGUGACGGGUUGGUGGUUGUUUUUCGUUUGAUUUCGCUUUGCCGCCAAAAAAACACUUUCAAAAAUAACACGUAUACGUCGCGUUUGCCAGUGGGGCAGGUGUAAGUGCACAUAAGACAAAUUUGCAAACACCAAUUGGAAUAAAUUAAAAAAUAUAAAAUAAUAAACAACAACAACAACAAUGCACGCUAAGUUCAUGCUGGUCGCCCUAAUCCUGGCCAGCUGCCUGCUCAGCGAGACGCGCGCCUACUGCUCGCUGGACAAAAUGAGAGCGUUUGCAAUGGAGGCCUGCGAGCGUCUGUUCCAGCAGGACGAGCCCAGAGAGAGGCGUUCCAUAGGCUACAACGAACAUCAUAAGAAUAAGCUUUCGCCUGGCAAGAUGGAUAAGAGAACUCCGCAUGGCAUCAGGCGCAGCACCUAUCCAGAUGGUGGCUAUUUGAUGGUCAGCAGCGCUCAUUAUCAUCGGCUCAUCCACUUGGAUAUACUGCCCCGUUAUAAGCCCCACAAACAUCGUCAGGAUAAGAGGCACAAGCGCGAUAGCUCCUAUGGGGGCCGAAACAACAUCUCUUACUGCUGCAUCAAUCGCUGCAACGAGGAUUUCUUUUGCUAAAUGUGGCCCAAUCCGUGAAUGCAUCGCUAGUCAGCAACAGAUUCCGUCCUUAUCAAAGACAUAUAUAUAUAUAAAUAUAUAUAUGUUCUUUACGUCGCGCUCUCACUCUUAUAGAGUAGGUACCUUAUAUGGCUGAUUCUCGCAGCGGGGCAGCAAGUCUUGCCACAGUAUUAUACAGUAGAACAAUCUAUAGUAAGCUCUAAGAUCCUAAGUUCAUCAUAUAACAAAUAUAUAUU